AUGUCUUCUGACGAGAACCAAAACAAGCCAGGCAUCCUUGGAUCCUUAGGCAACGUCGCUGGUAGUGCUGCCGGCACCGUCGGAAAGGGCGUCUCGGGCGUCACCAACACGCUAGGGGAUACGGUCGGUACCGUUGGCAAAGGUCUCGGUGAUACCCUCACCGGAGUGACGAAGGGCCUUGGCGACACCACUAAGGGUGUCGGAAACACCGUUAACGCCGGAACCGACAAGGUCUCGGACACGGUGGGUGGCCAGAGCGACAAGAAAUAG